AUGGAUCCAGCCCAAAUUUUACUCACUCAAAAUCGUGCAUUUCCAUCAUUAGAAUAUGUCCUUCAAGGUUCCAUUCAAGAUGAUUCUGUUCAUUUGCUAAAAGCUCGUUUACAAGGAUUAUGCGAUAAUAUCACCGGUGAAGUAGAGCAAUUCGAUGAUCAUGAAAUAGUCUAUACUCUUCGAAUACCUGGCGCAUCAAAUGUAUCAUUACGUGUUCGCUAUGCAAUCGAUGAUAUACCUAAUCCGAUCUAUCAUUUACGAUAUGUUGCAUCGGCUGAAUUAGAUAAAAGUCAAAGUGUUAGCGUACGACAAUUUCACGAUUGUUGUGUAACAAAAAAUAUUCAAGCAUUCUUACAAGAUCUUGGCUUUGCUUAUGAUCAUGAGUUUUUUGCCAAAGGUGAUAUUUUUCGAAAAGGAAGAAUGAAAAUAACUGUGGCUAAAAUUUCAACAUUAGCCGAACGAAAUCGUUCCGAUAUGAAUCCAAUGGCAAUGCGUCGACCCUUUACAAAUUCAUGUUUUGUUGAAAUGUCACUCAUUGGUUCAAUGCAUGAUGAUAAAGUUGGCGAUGAAAUGAAAUCUUUUUCUGAACAACUCAAGCCAUUAAUUUCUCUUGACAAAAUUGAUCAAAAACGAUAA